AUGGCGCCGAUGGCCGAGUCGGCAUCAGAUGCGCCUAUAAUCACACCUGAGUCGGUUGAUGACAUUAUGCCUACCAACAACUUUGCAGAAGGCAUUUUAACUGCGGUCAAGAGCAUAAACACGGUAACUGGUCGCCAAAAGUUAGGGCCAGAAAUUAGUGACAUUCAUGGCGCAAACAAGGAUCUACAAGAGUCAGAUGGUUUGUAUGGUCAAUUAAUCUUUGUAUACCGGCCCAGUGGGAAAAUUUUGGCCGUCAGACCUGAACGAAUUCGCAGAUACAUAUCUUCACUUAUGCCAAAUUUACGCCAUCAGCUUUUGGAGUCGGCAAAGACUGGUGGAUUUGGAUUUAUAGACCAAAUCAUCGCGGGCCUGGAGACUCCUGAGGGGAGUUCGCCAUCGACGGGCACUAGUCCAAAUCACUCAUCUGCAGCAUUUCGUCAGAAUGGAUCCCCGUGGUUCACACCUGAAAUGGCGGAAUCCUUUUCCCCGUAUACGAACACACUUCGUAUCUCACGACUCUCAUAUUUUUCUGCUUUGUUCGCAAAUUUCAGCGCCCUCGGUUUCGAUUUCUCUGUAUUCCUCGACGAAAAUAGCAUCUCGCCCUAUUGCACAGACAAUCUGUCUUCGCCUGAAGGAUUCAAAGACACUCCUGUUAAUCUUCGACCUUUGUUGUGCCAGUUGACCGUUCCACACCAUCCGUACUUGGAUACCUUGCCAUUUCCAACUUUCCGGCAGAGGGCACUUGCCGCGUUGUCUACGGACCCUCCGUUGUUGAAUGAAGAUGACCUCUGUGUUGAUCUCAUGUUGAAAGACGGCCUGGUGUGCUGGGGAUCCAUUGGAGGCGGUGGCAUGGACAGAGGGAGCCCGUGGGAAAGCCGAAGCUGGGAGGCAAAAGGAUGGUUUCUCCGGAAAUGGUGGUGGCUUGUGGGGGGCGAGGACGAAGAGAUGUGGAGCGUGUCUCGAUGGUGGGCAUCGCAACGGGGUGAAAAGGUUUCCGCGGGCCAUCGAGAAAAUCCGCCAGACCUACCAUCAGGUGAUAUAAUUGUUAUUAAAUAG